CGGCGGUGGCGGCCUCGGCAGCGGUAGUGGUUUCCCCUUCGCUUUCUUAGUUUCCUCCGCCCCCUCCCGUCGGACGCUGCUGUGGGCUCGCCUUAAAAAAAAUCAACUUUAUUGUUCCUCAGCCCCACCUCCCGGCCCGGCGCGCGGCCUCAGGAUGCACUGAGGCUGAGGGGAGGGAGGCGGCGGCGGGUCGCGGUCGGGGUCCCUCUCCGAGCGCCCGGCCGGAGGUGGGGGAGUCACGAUGUCUGGGAGCCGCCAGGCCGGGUCGGGCUCCGCCGGGACCAGCCCUGGCUCCUCGGCGGCCUCCUCGGUGACUUCCGCCUCCUCGUCCUUGUCCUCUUCCCCGUCGCCCCCUUCCGCGGCGGUGGCGGCGGCGGCGUCCGGCGGAGCGGCCCAGGCCGCGGGUUCGGGCGGCCUCGGGGGCCCGGCGCGGCCUGUGCUGGUGGCGGCCGCCGUGUCCGGCAGCGGCGGCGGGGCGGUGUCCGCGGGCCUGUCUCGGCUCAGCUGCGCGGCCAGGCCCAGCGCCGGCGUGGGAGGGAGCAGCUCCAGCCUCGGCAGCGGCAGCAGGAAGAGACCUCUGCUCGCCCCCCUGUGCAACGGGCUCAUCAAUUCCUACGAGGACAAAAGCAACGACUUCGUGUGCCCUAUCUGCUUUGAUAUGAUUGAGGAAGCAUACAUGACGAAAUGUGGCCACAGCUUUUGCUACAAGUGUAUUCAUCAGAGUUUGGAGGAUAAUAAUAGAUGUCCCAAGUGUAACUAUGUUGUGGAUAAUAUUGACCAUCUGUAUCCUAAUUUCUUGGUGAAUGAGCUCAUUCUCAAACAGAAGCAAAGAUUUGAGGAAAAGAGGUUCAAAUUGGACCACUCAGUGAGUAGCACCAAUGGCCACAGGUGGCAAAUAUUUCAGGAUUUGUUGGGAACUGAUCAAGAUAACCUUGAUUUGGCCAAUGUCAACCUCAUGUUGGAAUUACUAGUGCAGAAGAAGAAACAACUGGAAGCGGAAUCACAUGCAGCCCAACUACAGAUCCUUAUGGAAUUCCUCAAGGUUGCAAGAAGAAAUAAGAGAGAGCAAUUGGAACAGAUCCAGAAGGAGCUGAGUGUUUUGGAAGAGGAUAUUAAAAGAGUGGAAGAAAUGAGCGGCUUGUACUCUCCUGUCAGUGAGGAUAGCACAGUACCUCAAUUUGAAGCUCCCUCUCCAUCACACAGUAGUAUUAUUGAUUCCACAGAAUACAGCCAGCCUCCUGGUUUCAGUGGCAGUUCUCAGACAAAGAAGCAGCCUUGGUAUAACAGCACAUUAGCAUCAAGAAGAAAACGACUCACUGCUCAUUUUGAAGACUUAGAGCAAUGUUACUUUUCUACAAGGAUGUCUCGUAUUUCAGAUGAUAGUCGAACUGCAAGCCAGUUGGAUGAAUUUCAGGAAUGCUUGUCUAAGUUUACUCGAUACAAUUCAGUACGACCUUUGGCUACAUUGUCGUAUGCUAGUGAUCUGUAUAAUGGUUCCAGCAUAGUCUCCAGUAUUGAAUUUGACCGGGAUUGUGACUAUUUUGCAAUUGCUGGGGUUACAAAGAAAAUUAAAGUUUAUGAAUAUGGCACAGUCAUUCAGGAUGCGGUGGAUAUUCAUUACCCUGAAAAUGAAAUGACCUGCAAUUCCAAAAUCAGCUGUAUCAGUUGGAGUAGUUACCAUAAGAAUCUGUUAGCCAGCAGUGAUUAUGAAGGCACCGUCAUCCUAUGGGAUGGAUUUACAGGACAGAGGUCAAAGGUCUAUCAGGAGCAUGAGAAAAGGUGUUGGAGUGUUGACUUUAAUUUGAUGGAUCCUAAACUCUUGGCUUCUGGUUCUGAUGAUGCAAAAGUGAAGCUAUGGUCUACCAACCUAGACAACUCAGUGGCAAGCAUUGAGGCGAAGGCUAAUGUGUGCUGUGUUAAAUUCAGCCCCUCUUCUCGAUACCAUUUGGCUUUCGGCUGUGCAGAUCACUGUGUCCACUACUAUGAUCUUCGUAACACUAAGCAGCCAAUCAUGGUAUUCAAAGGACACCGAAAAGCAGUAUCUUAUGCAAAGUUUGUGAGUGGUGAGGAAAUUGUUUCUGCCUCAACAGAUAGCCAGCUAAAGCUGUGGAAUGUAGGGAAACCAUACUGUCUACGUUCCUUCAAGGGUCACAUCAAUGAAAAAAAUUUUGUAGGCCUUGCUUCCAAUGGUGAUUAUAUAGCUUGUGGAAGUGAGAACAACUCUCUUUAUUUGUACUAUAAAGGACUUUCUAAGACUUUGCUAACUUUUAAGUUUGAUACGGUCAAAAGUGUUCUGGAUAAAGACCGAAAAGAAGAUGAUACAAAUGAAUUUGUUAGUGCUGUGUGCUGGAGGGCCCUGCCAGAUGGGGAGUCCAAUGUGCUGAUUGCUGCUAACAGUCAGGGUACAAUUAAGGUGCUGGAGUUGGUAUGAAGGGUUUACUCAAGUUAAAUUGUGUUUGAUCCUGCUGAAAUACAUCUGCAGCUGACAAUGAGAGAAGACAGAAACUGUCAUGUAAUGUCUCUCCCCAAAGUCAUCAUGGGUUUUGGAUUUGUUUUGAGUAUUUUUUUCUUUUCCUUUUCUUUUCUCCUUCAUGACCUUUGGGACAUUGGGACUACCCAGUGAACUCUCCACCAUCAAUGUAACUCUAUGGACUUUGCUGCUGUUGGUGGUGUGGUUAUCUAAUUUUUGUGAUAGGGAAAGAAAUUCUUUUGAAUAAAAAUAAAUAACAAAAAAAUAAUAAAAGUUUAUUGAGCCACA